AGAAUUUCAGUCACUCUAGUUUGUGUCUUUUCCACACAGCCAUUGCCAUAAUUCCUUGUCAUUAUUUAAUUGCAAAAAUAUCAGUGGAAGACAUCCUUUUUGUAAAAAAAAAAAUGUUUCGCAUCAUUAUUCUCGCAACGGUGAUUCCUGCCAUCUUUUCCACACAAGGCAUUGAGCGGUGCAAUGCAGGUAAUGAAAUGCCAACACAAACCACGGUGAUUGGUUGCAGCAGCACCCCGUGUGAGGUUCGACUCGGGGAAAGUGCUCGAAUGGAAAUAAUUUUCACAGCUCCGCGAAAUAUGGAAGUCCUCACACCUGUGACCACGGCAUUUUUGCUCGGUAUCGCCAUCCCAUAUGAAUUGCCAUUGGAAAUACAGCGGGGAUGUGAUCACAUUGUUGGUGCCACGUGCCCAAUAGCAGCUGGGACGACUGUUACGUACAUUUUUGAAUUUCCCGUAAAUGAAAAUUAUCCUCAAGUGCGUAAUUUACCCGUGGAAGUGGCUCUGCAUGAUCAACAAGGUGUCUUCAGUUGUGCCCGCGUGAGGAUUGCAACUGUACGUGGAUAGAAGGAUAUUACGCUUUGACUUCUUCGCCAAUUGUUAUACUUUCCCUUUAAUUUAAUUCCACUCAAUGUACCACUGAUUGGUGCUUAUCAUUAAUUUCUUAUCACGCCAAAACCAAUGACUUCAAUAAAUUCUUAUCAAAAACCACUUAA